AACUUUAUUGACAGGAUUACCACAGCAAAAAGCGCGAGGUGUGAACAAAACGCAGUUUAUGGAUAUUGUUUAAUGCAGGAUUUGUGACGUCGCCCGGUUUUUAAUUCGCAAAUAGUUGAAAGACACCAGGGACUAACAGGAAUAGACGUGUCACGGUCAUCUGUGUGAAUUAUUAAAUUAAUAAUUAAAUAGCUUUAGCACGAUAUCAUCAUGGCCAGUCCCGCGAACGCAAACAUGAAUGCUGUCCGGGAGACUAUGGAUGUUCUCCUGGAGAUAUCAAGGCUGCUGAAUACAGGAUUGGACAUGGAGUCUUUGUCAAUAUGUGUCCGUCUCUGUGAGCAGGGGAUCAAUCCCGAAGCCCUGUCAUCAGUUAUCAAAGAACUCAGAAGAGCCUCGGACUCAUUAAAGGCUUCUGAAAACGGCACUAGUCAAGGAUGACCAGUCUAAAUUACAUCUAUGACAGAGUGGUCCCUGUUUGAGAUGAAAGAAAACUUGCACAAUGCAUUGUAUAUAAGCAUGUAUAUAUGGUUAAUGUGUUAAAAAGUUGUUUUGCCUUGUGUUUGACCUACUUUCAUGUGCCUCAGUCUGUACAAUUGGACUGUUGUGUGUGCUCUUUUCAUUUUUUUAUUUAAAUGUUGUGUAUACUAAUAGCUAUAAUUCAUUACAAUGCUAAAAGCAAAAAUAUGUCCUCAAAAUAGAUAUUACCCUGUGGAACCAUUUUUGUUUUUUGUUUUUGCCUCAGAUUAAGUCAGUAAAAUAUUUUUUUAUCCUAACUGUGCUCUUUUUAUCUAUGUGUCUAUGUCUGAUCACUAAAAAGCAUUUUAUCUGGACCUCCAUGUGCGUUUGUUUUUUAACCACAUGAUGGCGACAGCAGUGCAUUUAUAGUUGGUUCACUAAUACAUGACUUCUGCUUUGUAUUCUGUCGUAGCAUUGUCAUUUCAGUAUUUUAGGAUUAAUCUCUUUCUUUUAAACAUUUAUGAUAAAAGUCAUGGCCAGGACUCUUCUCAGCAGCUCAUCCUUAUUUUUUUUCAGAGCAGCAAGGUCAUUCACAAUAGAAGUUCAAUUAGAUCAUUUGCCAACUCAUAGGUGCAUUUUUGAACAGAUCUGACAUCAGUCUCUGGAAAUGUUUGAGGUCACGUUUGGUAAGAGCACUGUGGAUCUUAGAUCAGCCCAAAAGGCAGCAUACCUGGCGUGAGCUUCAUUAACACCCAGCCGUGCUGAGAGGGAGAGGUGGCGGUGUCCUUGGUUCCUGCAGACAGGAGGCAUAAUGUUUCACUCCUGCAGUGAGAACUCAUUUAUGUGUCUGUAAUCACCUCAACCUUACGUGUGCGCUUAUUGCUAAAUAUUUACCCUGAGUCCAGUUGUUUCUCAAGGAGAGGUUUUCGGCAGAAUGUGCUCUAGU